UGCUGCGGCCCCGCUUCGCUUCGGGGCACGCCGGGUGAAUCGGACCCUGUGUGCAGAGCGGACAAAAGAGCCUUUCAAGCGCUACUCAUGCCGAGGAGGGGAGGGGAGCGAAAAAUAAUAACACCAGCCCCCGCGUCCUCUCCCCGAGGAAGUAAUUCGAUGUAUUCCUCGCUGAUUAAACGCAGGCUACCGCGCUUCAUGUCAUUUCCCCGCCGUCCGCAGCUGUCAGGGGAAGGGGACAUAAGAGCGGUAGGUGUGCACAAAGUGCCGCCGCCGCGCGAUCGGCGGCGGCCGCUGCCCUCGGGGGCCAAAGCGGAGCACGGCCAGGGCACAGCGCGGCGGCGCUCGGAGCCCUGCGUGGGGCGAACUGUGCCGGGGCUUCGCUCCGUUCGCUUCAGCUCCGUCCCGGAGCAGUCUCCCGAGUCCCCCUCCUCCGCGAUCUGCAGCCAUACAGCUCGAGGGCUGCUCCCGGAGCCCGGCUCCCUCCCAGCUGCCCGCGACGCGCGUCGGGGCGGCCGGGUCGAGAGGGAAGGCUGCAUUCAGCCCACUCGGAAUCAUCCGGAGAGUGAGGCAGCGCUGCUGCCCCGGGGGCUGCCAGGACGGCCACACCGCGGGUGAAUCCGCACGCUGUGAGGCGGCGAUCCGUCCCGGCGGGUCCCGGCGCUGCCCUCUGCGGCCUCCCCCGAUCACCGCAACGUGAUCGAGGUGGGACGAAGGCUCUCGGGACAUCGCGGCAAAAAGUUACCUGCACCCUAUUCUCUCUUUGGGAAGCGCUAAGAAAACAAGGUUCCCCUUUAGCAGACGGAGAGGAUAACCCGCAGCUCAUCCCGGAGCCGGCGCUGCUCAUCCCGGUGAGGAGACAGGGAAAAGAGGAAAGAACCGAACCUCGCUCCGUCCCUCCGAACUCCGCGGAACGCGCGCAGGUCCGCUCGGCGCGGGGCUCGGGAACACCGCGGCAGCUCCCGGGCAGGUGGGCGGCACGGCGCGGGGAGCGGGGACAGCAAAGCAGAAAGCCCUUCGCACUUACUUCUUCCCUGUCGCCGUACCCUGGAGGCGUGCUGGCUGCCAAUGUAUUCCAUAAAGUUCAAAGCGAUAAAAAACCAAGAAAUCAGUCGCAAUUGCAUAGUAA